AUGAGCAGCUUCGGGCAGAUCCUGAAGGAGGUCGGGGACUUUGGUUUGUUUCAGAAACGGUUAUUGGCUGCAUUAUGCAUCCCCAGCAUGUUUGCUGCUUUCGAUGUGAUUAGCCAGGUGUUUACAGGAAUGAGCUUUCCACAUCACUGUAACAGCGACUGGAUCUUGGAGCGUGGGCCAAACCUGACAGAUGAGAGACAAAGAAAUCUCACUAUCCCGGUCAACAAGGAUGGAAGAUUUGAAAGCUGUAAAAUGUUCACACCUGUGGAUUUGGAUUUGGAAACUAUUGAAGCAUAUGGGAUUAACAUUACAACUGGAUGUAUAGAUGGAUGGGACUAUGAGGCACCCAUAGGUGCUUCUAGCCUUUCAUCAGAGUUUGAUCUGGUUUGUGACAAGAGUGGUUUGAUUGAGGCAUCACAGUCCAUUUACAUGACAGGUUUUCUGGUUGGAGCGCUGGUGUAUGGGGCAAUUUCUGACAGGUUUGGGCGACGCCCUGCAAUCCUCCUCUCCCUCUCUCUCCUACUGUUGUUUGGUGUGGGUGCUGCUUUCUCACCAAACAUCUAUGUUUACAUGGUCUUGAAAUUUUUCUGUGGGACUUCAGGAGGUGUCAUUAUGAUGAACACAUCUGUGAUGGGGGUGGAGUGGACCAGUCCCUCCAAGUCUGCUGUUUGUACAAUGACGAUCCUGUUUUUCGUCCCUGUUGGGCUGAUGGUGUUACCUGGCAUUGCCUAUUUGAUCUCCAACUGGAGGAUCCUGCAGCUGGUGCUCUUCAGCCCUCUUCUCGUAAUUGUGGGAAUACUCUACUGGUUUCUCCCAGAGUCAGCUCGCUGGCUGAUGACCCACGGCAGGAAGGAGGAGGCACUAAAGGAGCUCCAGAGGGCAGCCAGAGUGAAUGGGAGAAGGGUACCAGAAGAUUUGCUAGACCAGAUAGAGAUGGAGGUUACAUGCAAAAAGAAGAGCAUGCUGGACAUCUUCCGCAUAUCGUAUUUGAGAAGACGUACUCUCAUAAUGGGCUACAACUGGUUUUCCACGAGUCUGCUUUAUUACGGACUGAGCCUGAAUGUUGGCAGUUUCGGCCUGAAUAUCUACCUCACACAGUUCAUCUUUGGUGCUGUGGAAAUUCCUGCACAGCUCAGCAGUUUGUUUCUAAUUCAACACUUUGGACGGAGAAUCAGUCAGGCAGGUUUUCUGCUUUUUGGGGGUGCUGCAUGUCUCUUGGUCCUUGCUAUCCCAAAAGAUCUGCCUGAGGUGGUGACAGCCAUAGCUGUACUGGGGAAAUAUUCAGCCACCGCCUCUUUCAGCUCAGCCUAUGUUUACACUGCAGAACUGUACCCUACCAUUUUAAGGCAGAAUGGUUUAGGUCUAAACUCCAUGUGUGCUCGUGUGGGGGGCAUCCUCGCUCCACUGAUCAGGCUCCUGGACGUCUACCAUCACACCAUCCCCAUGCUGAUAUACGGCAUCGUCCCCAUUGCUGCUGCAGGUUUCUGUUUGCUACUGCCUGAAACCCUCAAUGUUGAACUGCAGGACCACGCUGAGCUCAAUUUUAGAAAACCAGCAGAUGGACCUACAAGGAACAGAUACAGUGUUGAACAAAUUAUUGAAGAGCACAAACUUUAAUUUGGACUGAAAUAAAAACAUAUGAAAGCUAAAGCUACUGAGGCCAGUUAAUUUCA